CCUGAUUUAGAUGCAUCAGGAUUAAGUUUUUCUUCUUCUUUCUGGGACAUUUUAACAAGUUGAAGCUGACUAAUGAGUAAAGUUGAAAUACCAGUUGGUCUGACUCUGAGAGAACUGCUGCAAGGCUUCACCGUGGAGGUGCUUCGCCGCAGGCCACCAGACUUGGUGGAAUUUGCAGUGCAGCAUUUCACACACAUUCUGGAGAAGCACAAGUUCAGAAACACUGUUGAAGGUGCCCAGAAAGGAGUACAUUUCGACACCAAACUCGGCAGGACAACCUCUGAUGACAGUGAGGAGGAAGAUGCCGCUGUCAUCAAUAAAUAUAGCCGCAGAAUUUCAGUGUGUGCAGAAGCGUAUAACCCCAAUGAUGAUGAAGAUGAUGAUACAGAAGCUCAGAUUGUGCAUCCCAAAACAGACCAGCAGCGCCGCCAGCUCCAGGACGUGUGCAAAGAUAUUUUACUGUUUAAAACACUGGCACCUGAACAGUUCUCUGAGGUGUUGGAUGGUAUGUUCAAUGUAUUGGUCAAACCAAAGCAGCAUAUUAUAGACCAAGGAGUCAAUUUCUAUGUUGUUGACAGGGGUCUGUAUGAUGUUUUUGUGCAGAAGAAUGAAAAGAGAGAGUGUGUGUGUGUGUGUGUGUGUGUGGCAAAAUACGACAACAAAGGUAGUUUUGGUGAGCUGGCUCUCAUGUACAACACGCCGCGUUCAGCUACAAUCAUUGCAAUGCAGGAAGACGCCCUGUGGGGCCUGGAUCGAGCUACAUUCCAAAGACUGACUGUGAAAAAUAAUGCCAAGAAGAGGAAGAUGUAUGAGGCCUUCAUUGAGUGCGUUUCUCUCCUGAAGGCUCUUGAGAUUUGUAUAAGCACAUACAUGCUGACUAUCUCGGAGGCUUUGGCAAGUAAACGAGAUCGCAGAAAGAUGGUGAAAGUUCACAAAAAUGUCACAAAACGUCAUGAGACAGCCAUGAGAGAUAAAGAUGGACUCAGCAGUGAAGCACGGUUGCGAUAUGAGAUGAAGAUGAAAUUAAUUGGUGAAGAUUUUGUUAUGGCCUCUCUGGGCCACUGUAUGGAGGCUGUAAUUGAGUUACUUGGUCCAUCUGUAUGUCACUGUGGGUCUUUUUCUUUACAGUCAUCUGAGAGGAUGAAGAUUGUGGACGUUUUGGAAGCACGCAUGUUCAGAGAUGGCGAGCACAUCAUUGUGCAGAGGGAGAAAGCUGUUUCUUUCUACAUUAUGGAGUCAGGAGAGGUAAAGACCAUGAUGAAAAGCAAAACAAAAAGCAAUCAGUGGGACAACGUGGAGGUUGAGGUGACUCGUUGUUCUAAAGGGCAGUAUUUUGGAGAGCUGGCUCUGGUCACCAACAAACAACGUGCAAAUCACCCUUAUGCAGUGGGUGAAACAAAAUGUGUAGUGAUCGACAUCGAGGCUUUUGAGCGUUUGCUGGGUCCUUGUAUGGAAAUCAUGAAGUGCAACAUCUCACAGUAUGAAGACCAGCUGGUGGCGCUGUUUGACUCAAGCAUCGACUUGAAUCAAUAAGACAGUUAUAAACUAAUCACUCCAUUGCAGAGGUGUCAAGUAACGAAGUACAAAUACUUCGUUACUGUACUUAAGUACACUU